AAAUCCAUUGCACAAUUUAUUUCUAAUAUAUUUAUGCAAUAUGAUCAAAUACGAGGUAAAACUAUUGAACAGAUAAAAAUUAGUUAUUGGGAUAUGGUUGUUAUUACAGCUGCUGAUCAUAUUCAGAAGUUAUAUUUUGAAAAUGUUAUUAAAUACAAACAAUCUUUAAAAGUAUUACCAGAUAUACCAAUUUAUGUAUUCUCGGAUGGAGAAUCUAUAAAAAUAGGAACAGGUCUUGCUACUUUAAAAGCUAUUUUUAAACUUGCAAAUAUUUACAAUCUUGGUCAAGUAUUAAGGUCUAAAAUUUUAAUGAUUCACUCAGGGGGUUACAGUCAAAGGUUGCCACAUUAUUCUUUAAUAGGAAAAAUUUUUAUGCCUUUAACAAUAGAAAAUUAUGAACAUGAUAGCCACAAAAAUUAUCAAUAUGACUUAUUAGAUUUUAAAUUAGCAAUAUUUAUACCUCUGAUUCCAUUCAUGUUUUCAAAUUUGAGCAAUAAAGGGGGUAUUAUGAUAACAUGUGCAGAUGAUAUUCAAGUUUAUCAAUUAAAUUCCUUAUCAAUUACAACUGAAAAUAAAAAUCCUAUUGCAUAUGAUAUUCUAUGUUUAGCUCACCCUUCAUCUAUCCAAAUUGGUAUGAAACAUGGUGUUUUUGCUCUAAAAUCUUUAAGAACUUUUUUUCUCAAUCAUGAUGCUAUAAUUGAGAAAAAUGAAAUAUAUAAAAUCUUGCAAAAGCCUUCCAAAUUUGAUAUGAUGAAAGAACAUGCCAUAUUAUUUUACAAUAAUUCUAUAAAUAGUCUUGAAAUUAAACAUGAGGGUUACAGUAAUAAUGAAUAUUCUACAUCAAACACAUUGAAUGAAAUUGUUUUUACAGAUAGUAGUUUUGUGAUUGGGCCACAGAUUGUAUCAUCAUUAUAUAAUUUAGUUUUGAAGGAAAAAGAUUUUUCACAAGCAAUCAUGGAUCAAAAUGAAGAAAUUGAUUGUUAUGUAGAUUUUUUGCAAUCAAACUUUGCUAUUAAAUUUGAUUCCUUAUUGUAUUCAACUACGAAAACACUGAAGAUUAAACUUCAUGAAAUAUUUAAAGAGUGUGACAUUAAAAUUUUUGUUUUAAUGAAGUCAAAAUUUUUCCAUUUGGGGACUUUACCCGAAAUUUUAGAUGCUUAUUGUUUAACUCCAAUCAUUUUAUCUCAUAGUAUAAAGGAUAAUUUGCCAGUGUUUCCUUAUUUAAAUAUACACCUAGCAAAUGCCCUUCAUUUUAAACCAAUUGUUAAUUGUUAUAUUGAAUCCUCUUCUGGUCAAAAUAUAUUUCAUUCGAUUCCUGAUCUUGACAUUAAUAUUAAACGAGUGGACUCCUCAAGAAGUAUUAAUAACUCUCUGAUAUUAGGCUGGGACUGCCUUGAAUUUGACCUAGCCAUAGAUUCGCCACGAUACAUUAUAGAGUUUUGCUCUUUAUUUUUUUUUGAUAAACUUAAUGUAAGUAUAAAAGCUGAAAAAAUAUUCAAAUUGAAUGGUGAUAAUAUCCUAAGCCACGUUGAAUUUAAUGUAACCGAUUUAUUAACUCAUGCAAUAUCUGCUCAAGGUAGCUCCUUUAUACCCACUAUUUUCGAUAUUCCUCCUUCAACUUUGUGGUUUACUUACCCCGUGGAUAAAUCCAUUUUUAAAGGAGAUGCCACACUUUUAAGCGAGAAUCAAGAGAUUGGAUAUGUCACGUUUUGUUUUGGAAUUGAGGACGAUAUAAAAAUGACUUCUAAAUUCAUUCGGUUGUUAGAUUACAGCAUAAGUUACCUAAAGUACUUGGGCAAAUUUUUUUAUACAUUCCUUGACAAUACUGAAACUCCAACUAGAGCCAAUAUAACACUUUGGGAUUUAAAGAUAUUUCCCAUUUGUAAGAAUCCUACAUUCUCAUUCAUUAAAACCUACAAUCUGGUCAUUUCUUUUCUGAAAGAAAUUGAUAUCACACAUCUUAACCGCCAAGACCUGAAAUCGCGAUUAAAGAGAGCAUCUACUUAUUUAUCCGCGAGCGAUGCAGGAUUAAGUAACAGCGAGAUGUUGGUUUCUAUGAAUGAUAUUUGUAAGAAUAAGCAUGCAACGCCAUUCUUAUCAAAUUAUCGGAAUUCGUUGCUCCAAAAUAUUAGACAGUAUUUAAAGUCGUAAAUAUAUCCCUAAAAAUCAAAUGACUCUUUUCAAUAUUAGAAAAAUAUCAUUACAUUAUAUAUAUUCACAAUACUCUAAUUCAUUCACUCCAAUUAGACGCCUAGUUUAACAAAGUAUAUAAUAACCAAAAAUAUUC